CACGGUCCAAUACCAGGUUUGAAGAAGCCUACUGAUUAGUGCGUUGAGGCUUGGAGAACAAUUUACGAGCAAUGAUGAGAUGCAUCUUCUUCCUGCUUGGAAUCUUACUACCAAUCUCAUGUGCCGAGAAUUACAGAGGCACACACUUGCAAGCGGCUGUGCAAUGCUCACGCCGUACAAAAUCCAGCGAUGCCCCCGACCUUCGAGAAAUCUAUCUGUGGACACUGAAGAACUCUUUGACCGGGAUGCUAUUGCAGACUCCUUCUUACCAGGCUUACGUAUCAGCUAUGAACACAGCAGACAUGCCUGUUUACAACGAAAGCGUACGUAGCGUCGGACGGGACUGGCCCUUGUACGGCUUAACUAUGGUGGGCAUCAAGCGCCUUGACAACCUACAAAAACUGAUCACCACGAUACUGGCAAACAACGUGGCGGGCGAUUUCGUGGAAUGCGGUGUCUGGCGUGGAGGGUCUUCAAUUUUCAUGCGUGGUGUCUUGAAGGCAUACAAUAGCUUGGACCGUGUUAUUCACCUUGUUGACUCUUUUGAUGGCCUUCCACCCGCAUCCACACCGGAGGAUGAAGACAUUUGGAGCCAGGUCAAUUUUUUGAAGGUGCCCCAGGACACGGUUGAAGAUGGGUUCUCGAGAUACCACCUCCUCGACAAUCAGGUGCAGUUUCAUAAAGGGUUUUUCCGUCACAGCCUGCCAAGAUUCCGGAAGAACUUUGGGGAUCGUAAGAUUGCGCUUUUGCGCAUGGACGGGGACAUGUAUGAGAGCACCAUGGACAUUUUGUUCAAUCUCGCGGAUGUCCUAGCACCCGGCGCUUGCAUCGUUGUGGAUGACUGGGUGAUUGAGGCAUGCCAAAAAGCCAUGAAGGAAUUUUUCGACAUGCAUAACAUGCGCCCUGAAAUCAUUCCCAUUGACAAUGAUGCCGUCUACUUCUGCCUGGAUGAAAGCAUUGACCUCAAAAUGGCGUGGUAUGAGCAAUUUAACAAAAAGCGCAGCCCUUGAGAUUUCUUAUGAUGGUUUUUACAUUUUUCAUAUGACAAAGUGAUGAAUGCUGUUGCACUCUCACCCAUUUCCCCAGGCGGGUGAUCAACAAGUUUCUUGUGUGAUGGGACAUCUUUGACGACAGACACGAUCGCGCAGAUACUCGGCUAGCCUCAUGCUAAAAUUCAAACUCAAUUGCAAACUGAGGCUCAAUGGUGCCACGGUGUGGCAUGUUUCGGCGAUUGCCACAGUGUGACUCACAUCGGAUGUGAUGCAUCAUGACCAGCGUCGGAUUCCAGUAGGCUUGUGGUGCUCUGCGCACACUUUAGCUUGUGUGAGUCUGUUAUAGAGAUUUAGAUGUCCAGCUUCUCUGGAAAAAUUCAUAUACUGUAGUACAGGGGUACAAGUCCAACACAAUUGGCCAUUUUGUUGUGAUAGAACUGAAGUGCUAGAGUUUGUGAACAAUCGUUUGGCAAGAUUUAGAACUUUUGUUGCUAUUGUUGUACAGUGCAUUGUGGUGCUGUGCAACGGAGUGCAAAUAUGUCGUGGUAGGCCCUUCCCCGGGAUUGUAGUACAAUCCCAGGGAUUCAAUCUCGCAGGGAAGUUGAGUGGCUACUAGUGGUGGUACCUAGGCAUUAAGGGCCCUUGGGGAAGGGGUAAUUAAUAUACUAAGUAUAUUCAUUACUAUUUAGUAUAUGAACUUACUGAGUAUAUUAAUUACCCCAACCCGGGAUGCACCUCAAAAAUAGAUGUAAUAAGUUUCAGUCAC